AUGGAGGACAUGGAUUUUGAGGAUGAGAAGUCCAAGAGGUACUGCAUAAAGAAAAAGCAUGUGGCUAUCAUCUGUGGAGUCGUGGUUGUUGUAGGACUUGCUGUGGGGCUUGGUGUGGGAUUGAGCAGACCUAAAGCUUCAGAGGCAACAGAGCAACAACCAAAACCAGAUCAGACGACAACAACGACAACAACAACGACAACAACAACAACAACGACAACAAUGGAACAGCCUCCUCCCCCAGUGGAUUUGGGUCCCUGUCCUUCCAAGAAUGAUGACACUGGAGACUGGAGAGAGUUUAGGCUGCCCACUUAUGUCAAGCCUGUCCACUAUGAUCUGGAAAUCAAGCCUGAAAUGGAGCAAGACACUUACAGUGGGACAGUCAGUAUAUCUAUAGUUUUGGAAAAACCAACCAGCUCCCUGUGGCUUCACCUGCGAGACACCAAGGUUACAGAAAUACCCACACUCCGGAAAUCCUCAGGACAGCAGAUUGCUCUGAAUGACUGCUUUGAGUACAAGCCACAAGAAUACAUUGUGAUGAAGGCAGCAGCAGAGCUCCCUGUCACUGGUGAAAAUGAUCCCUAUGUGCUCACCCUGAAGUUUCAAGGCUGGCUGAAUGGUUCGCUGGUUGGGUUUUAUAGGACGACCUAUACUGAGAAUGGACAGAUCAAGAGCAUUGCAGCUACUGAUCAUGAGCCAACAGAUGCACGGAAAUCAUUUCCCUGCUUUGACGAGCCAAACAAAAAGGCAACUUACACCAUAUCCAUCAUCCAUCCAGAUGUGUACCAAGCACUUUCAAACAUGCCAGUACAGCAAACUGUGCAAGUUGGUGAUGGCUGGAAUCGAACAACUUUUAAGAAGUCAGUCCCCAUGAGCACUUACUUGGUAUGCUUUGCAGUGCACCAGUUUACCUGGGUAGAGAGAACAUCUGCAAGUGGAAAACCUCUGAGAGUUUACGCCCAGCCACAGCAAAUACACACGGCAGAAUAUGCAGCAAAUGUAACAAAAACUGUAUUCGACUUCUUUGAAGAGUACUUUAAUUUGAGCUACUCUCUUCCAAAACUGGAUAAAAUAGCUAUUCCAGAUUUUGGGACGGGUGCUAUGGAGAACUGGGGGCUGAUCACAUACCGAGAAACAAACCUGCUGUACGAUCCUGCGGAGUCAGCCACAUCCAACAAGCAGAGAGUAGCUGCUGUGAUAGCCCAUGAGCUUGUUCAUCAGUGGUUUGGAAAUAUUGUGACCAUGGACUGGUGGGAUGACUUGUGGCUAAAUGAAGGAUUUGCCAGUUAUUUUGAGUUCCUGGGAGUAAAUGCAACAGAACCAGAUUGGAAAAUGCCUGAACAGGUUUUAAUUGACGAUGUGCUUCCUGUACUGAUGGAUGACUCUUUGCUCUCUUCGCACCCAAUUGUAGCCAAUGUGUCAUCUCCAGCUGAAAUCACCUCUGUGUUUGACGGGAUAUCCUACAGUAAGGGUGCAUCAAUCCUCAGAAUGAUUCAAGACUGGAUUACACCAGAGCUCUUCCAGAAAGGCUGUCAGGCAUAUUUGAAGAAAUACUAUUUCCAGAAUGCCAAGACAGAACAAUUCUGGGAAGCUCUGGAAGAGGCAAGUAAUAAACCUGUGAAGGAAGUCAUGGACACCUGGACUAGGCAGAUGGGCUACCCUGUUUUGGAGAUGGGAGAUAAUUCAGUAUUCACACAGAAACGUUUUCUUUUGGAUCCCAGUGCAAAUGCUUCUCAUCCUCCUUCUGAUCUUGGUUACAAAUGGAAUAUACCAGUCAAAUUUAAGCGUGGUGAUACAUCAAAUUAUACUUUCUACAAUGCAUCAGAUUCUACAGGAAUUCAAAUACCAUCUUCUACUGAUACUUUUGCGAAUGUUAAUCCAGACCACAUUGGAUUCUUCCGAGUGAAUUAUGAUAGUCAAAACUGGGCCACCUUAAGCAAUCUUCUGCUCCAAAACCACAUAAUGUUUUCACCUGCUGAUCGCGCAGGGAUUUUGGAUGACGCUUUUUCUUUAGCGAGACCUGGACUUGUGAGUUACACUGUUCCCCUGGAACUCACAAAAUACCUAGGAAAGGAAACAGAUUAUUUGCCUUGGAAUAGAGCUAUAUCAGCUGUAACUUACCUUGCAAACAUGCUCGAAGAUGAUCAAACUCUCUAUCCCCUGUUUCAGCAAUAUUUUCGCAAUCUGGUAAAACCAACUGUGGAAGAACUGGGCUGGGAGGAUUCUGGAGACCAUUUGCAGAGGCUUCUUCGUGCAUCUGUUCUAGACUUCGCCUGCAGUAUGAAUGACUUAGGAUCUUUGAACAAUGCUUCUCAGCUUUUCAAUAGGUGGUUACAAGGAGAAACUAUUCCUGCAAAUCUCCGACUUAUAGUAUAUCGCUAUGGGAUGCAGAACUCAGGCAAUGAGACAUCAUGGAAUUACAUGUUCAACAAAUACCAAGAAACUUCAUUAGCCCAAGAAAAAGAAAAGUUGCUAUAUGGCCUGGCAUCAGUGAGGAACAUCACCCUUUUGGACAGAUAUCUGAAAUAUAUUUACAACACCAGCCUCAUCAAAAGCCAAGAUGUGUUCACGGUCCUGAGAUACAUCUCAUAUAACACCUAUGGGAAAACAAUGGCCUGGGACUGGAUACGACUGAACUGGCAGUACUUAGUUGACAGAUUCACUAUAAAUGACAGAUAUCUUGGUCGAAUAGUAACUAUUGCCCAAACCUUCAACACUGAGCUCCAGCUUUGGCAGGUGGAAAAUUUCUUUGAAAAAUAUCCUAAUGCUGGGGCAGGAGAAAUGCCCAGGAGUCAGACACUGGAGCAAGUGAAGAGCAACAUCGAAUGGCUGAAAGAAAAUAAGGAGGAAAUACAAUCAUGGGUGGAAAGCGCAUAUGAGUCAAGUAGUUCUCAUCCUGUUCAAAUGCCAUCAGAAGCCAGUGGGAUUUAUGUAUAUGCAUACAUGACCCAUGUAUUCGAUCAACAAGCGCAUCUCAGCUCCUUCCAGCACAAGGAGGAGAACACUACACUGGCCACUCCUGUUGCACUGCGGGGCCGCUCCAGCCGGUUAAUGUUCAACGCGGGCCGGGCUGAGCGCAAGCCCGCGGCCGAGGAAGGGGCUGCGGCCAUCGGUCUCACCACGGCCCCUCAGCCCCUGGAUUUGCGGGGGAAAACCUCAACAAAAGGUCAAACAGCAGGAGAGACUGAAAGGCGAUCACGCCCCGCCAUUCCGAUCAGGCGUGGGUUUCACCGGCGGGAUCUGGUCACGCACAGGGCUCACACGGCUCCUUCCUCAGCGCCGUGCCGGGCAGGCGGCUGCCUCCAAAGGGUGCUCAGCUCUUCGUCACUGCCGGAGCGAGGCACUCGCGGCCUUCUGCUCCGGCCGCGUCCAUACCCCGCUCCCGAUGGGAGCCCAGCCCCGCGAGUUGCGCCUCUCGCCCCGAACUCCCAGGGAUUCACCACUGUGGAGUCGCGGCCGCGCAGGGCCUGCCGAGCCGCGCCCUCCCCGCGUGGGUCUGGCCCCGGCUCUCGCCGAAGCGGUGCCGCGGGACCUGUCCCCACCUGGGUGACGCUGCCUCCCUCCCGUGGGGCUGCCGACCCUGAGGCCCCGCUCGCUCGCUGCCACCGCCGGAGCUGCCGGGCACGGGCUGGUGGCGACCCUGCGAGGUGGCGGGGCCGGGGUCGGGCCGGUGGCCCCCGCGCCGUCACAGCCCGCCCCACGAGAGGGCAGGCUGGGCUCGGGUCCCUCCGGGGCUGCGGCAGCGUUUGCCCUGCCCCGCCUGGCUCCGCGGCGGGGGGAGCGACCCCCGCUGUCCCCUGCGCUUCAGGGCGGGCCGGGGUGGUCACAGCCGCAAGGGAGAAAGCGACCAAAGAAGCCACCGCCAUCCCCGAAAUCGCGGAUCCACCAGAGGGACGUUCGUCGAGCGCGGCCAGAGAGCUGGCUCCCUGCGCAGGGGCGCGGAGCGCCGGCUCCGUUCUGCCCGCUCCCGUCCCGCGGCUCUGCCUGGCACAACCGCCAUGUGAGACCCCCCCCGCAGCCCCGUCCGCGGCGGCGGGGGAAGGCGGGCUGAAAACCUGCAAAUACCGUCGCCUCCGCUCCAAAACCGAGCAUUAUUGA